UCGUCUUGAUCUCGCUGGCAAAGAAACGUCCUGCAGUCCAGUCCAAGCAAGAUGAGAGCGGCAUCUUCCUCAGUCAGCUCCUUUCCUAAGCACCGGCCCUCCACGAACGAAAAUGAGACAACCACAGCGUCCGAGACGGACGAGCUGGAAGUCCUAAUAGCCUCGCUUCACCUGGAAGAUAUCAAUGAGAUCACCCAUAGGGCCAUCGGAAAGGGAAAGGCUCGUGAAGAUGCAUCGCUUAAGGACGAGGAAGUAGCUUUCAAGCUUUACGCAGAAGAUCUAGAGGCUUAUCUUCUUCGUCAGGAAGACAUACGCCUUGCGAAAAGCCUGGAUGAAAGCAGCAACAGCGACGAUGAGAGUCUACAGGAGGAUAACGAGCUCGACGAGGUCGCCUGGAAGGAUCGGGAAAUAGCGCUGUGUGCUGCUGGUUCCGGUCGUACGCCAGUUACGGCAGUAAACGCUACCACAUCUGAGAGGUGUCACAUGCUAGAGGACAAGGCAUCAUCGAGCAACAGCGUUUCUAGAGAACCCACGACGACCUACGCUCAUAGCAGCGAGCCGUCCUCGAGCCAGUUGCAAGAGUGCGUGAUAUGUUGCAUCACGGUACCGCGGGAUGCUAUGUACAUCGCUUCGUGUCCGAGCCGCCACAUCUACCACUCGCGUUGCCUCCUGGCUCUCAUCCAUGCCUCUAUGAAGGACGAGAGCUUGAUGCCGCCCGUGUGCUGCAAGGUCGGCAUUGACGAGAAUCUUUUCCUGCCGUUGCUCAAUAAAGAAGACAGGGACGAAUUCAUUCGCAAACGUGAAGAGUUUGGCACCAAGGACCGGCUGUACUGCAACAAUGUAUCCUGCUCAGCCUUUCUUGGCGCGGUCGAACGAGAGGCAAAGCAGCCGAAGAAAUGCGACCGCUGCGGCAACGAGACAUGCAAGGCGUGCAAGGGACCAUGGCACGGGUACAAGAGCAUCUGUGCUGGCGAUUCUGAUGAGGCAGCCAUCGACUUACUUCGGGACAUCGGGAUGCAGAGGUGCCCGGGCUGCCUUCGCAUGGUAGAGCUCAUCGAUGGAUGCUACCACAUUGAUGAGGAUCGGCUUCUGCAAGAAGCCACACAGCGUGUCCGACGCGACGAGCCUCGAGGUUACUUCGCUCGCUUCCUGGACGCAAUUUUGUUUCGCAGAGAGGUGGCAGCCCUGCGAUACCAUCACGAGUGCCGCUACGCGGGGCACUGGGAACGGGUUGAAGGCAUAUACGAGUGCGAGAAUUGCUUCGAGACGAUGCUCGAGUAUAUCUUCGAGUGCUCUGAAUGCCGAAUGAGGGCUUGCAACCGCUGUCGGAUGAAUAGGUUCAUGUGA